AUGGCUGGCUACAAAAGACCCAUGAGCUUUUCCGAGAGGAGGGGGAGUCUGCUCAGCGAGGAGCUGACGCUCAAUACCAACAACCCUUUGUUGCACCAGAGAGUCGAGAAGCUGCCGCAGCAGCAGCGCCAGCUCAGAGGGCCGCCGACGCCAAACAUGCCCACGCCCGCCGCCGACUUUGAUCAGCAGCUGACGGGCUCGGCGCCCGAUCCGCCAACCCCAGCGGCAUCUCCUGGACCUGCCCACUGCCAGCCCGACUGGAGCGAUGCCGCCGACGACGAAGACUUCUUCCUUGCCAAGGUCCGACAGCACUUUCAGAACUCUUCCGGUCCUCAGCGAACGAGGAUUCUGGCCGACUUGUUGAAUCUCUGCACCAGCCAGCAGCUGAGCUUUGUUCACCAAUUUGUCAGCCCGUUGUUGAAGAAGGACCCGUUUACAAGUCUUCCAGACGAGCUAUGCUUAAGAAUAUUGUCGUUUAUCGACGACCCCAAAGUCCUUGCGCGCGCGUCGCAAGUGUCGAAGCGGUGGCGGGAUCUCCUGAGCGACGACAUGACGUGGAAGAACCUUUGCGAGAAACACGAUUAUGGUCGUCGCCUGUCAGAAGUGUCGCCCUCGGCACCCAUCACGACGUCGAGAUCCUCGGCCUACGCCUUUGACACGGACAGCGAAAUGCCCAAGAUACGCUCAUACAAGUCGCACUUUAAACAAAAGUAUCUGGUCGAGGCAGCGUGGAGGUCUGGCGGCACAAGCAUCACCCGCAACAUCACACAGGAAGGAGGCGUGGUUACCAGUUUGCAUCUGACGCCAAAGUACAUUAUCGUCGCUCUCGAUAACGCCAAGAUUCACGUCUUUGACACGGAUGGCAACUCGCAGAGGACCCUGCAGGGCCAUGUGAUGGGGGUCUGGGCCAUGGUGCCCUGGGGAGACACCAUGGUCAGCGGUGGCUGCGAUCGGGAUGUGCGCGUGUGGGACUUGAAGACUGGCGCCUGUCUUCACACCCUGCGAGGCCAUACAUCUACCGUUCGAUGCCUGAAGAUGGCCGAUGCUAAUACCGCCAUUUCCGGCUCGAGAGACACCACGCUGCGGAUAUGGGACAUCCGCACCGGCUUAUGCAAGAACGUCCUUGUUGGACACCAGUCUAGCGUACGGUGCCUGGAGAUCAAGGGUGACAUUGUCGUGUCCGGAAGCUACGAUACGUUUGCCAGAGUAUGGAGCAUUUCGGAGGGCCGGUGCCUGCAGACGCUGCAGGGCCACUUUAGCCAGAUCUAUGCUAUUGCCUUUGACGGCAAGAGGGUGGUGACUGGGAGCCUGGAUACUAACGUUCGAGUCUGGGACCCCAAGACUGGAGAAUGCCUUGCCAUUCUUCAGGGCCAUACGUCUCUUGUCGGGCAGCUGCAGAUGCGGGGCGAUACCCUGGUGACGGGAGGCUCCGACGGCUCGGUCAGGGUGUGGUCCCUGGAGAAGAUGUGCCCCAUCCACCGCUUGGCUGCCCACGACAACAGCGUCACGAGCCUGCAGUUUGACGACACGCGAGUUGUCAGCGGAGGAAGCGACGGCAGAGUCAAGAUUUGGGACCUCAAGACGGGCCACCUGGUGCGCGAGCUGAUUGCGCAGGGCGAGGCGGUCUGGCGAGUCGCCUUUGAGGAGGAGAAGUGCGUUGCUUUGGCUUUGAGGCAGGGCCGCACGGUCAUGGAGGUUUGGUCAUUCUCACCUCCGGAGGAUGUGCUCUACGAUCGCCCGUUUUCGCUCCAGCAGCGCGUUCUGGAAGACGACCCUAGCCGGCCGAUGAGCGCCAUGGCAUUUGACUACCGAGGCGGCGACGUGUCAAUGGCCGGUUACAGCAGUCGAGACAACACGCCUCAUGAUACGAACAUGGUGGACGCCGGUCCAUCAACAGCACCGCUCCAGGGGGGCACCUUUUUUCACGACAACUAACCGGCGCGACGGUGCUCAGAACAUUUGUUAUACUGGUCUUGACUUGAACGGCGCCUGAUGGCUACGCAGUCGUCGAGGGCGAGGGAGAGAGAAGGACAAUGAUUGCGUGAACGAAUCAGUCAGAUUCCCUAAUGAAGAAGAGCCGGGCUGCUGGGAGCGGCUGGCUCGCCUGCUUUGGCUUU